CCCAGAGAGAGCGUUCGACCCCGCCAACCCGCUUGGUGAGAUGGGUAAACCUGUCGUGUUUGAAGGAGAGAUGAAGAAACUAGCCGAUGCCCUAUACCCUCGUAAUGCAUUCAAUCUGUUAGCCAGUGAUAGGAUUGCAUUCAACAGGACACUGCCUGACGUCAGACCUAAACAAUGCAAGUCUGUUGUGUUCCCCGAUGCGCUACCGACGACCAGUGUAAUCAUCAUCUUCCAUAACGAAGCAUUCAGUGCGUUACUCCGGACAGUUCAUAGCGUUGUCAAUAGGUCACCAAGGCAUCUUCUCAAGGAGGUCAUUCUGGUCGAUGAUGCCAGCACUCAGGAUCAUUUAAAGAGGAAACUUGAUGAUUACCUUUCGCGCCAUUUUCGAUCGUCUGCUCUGGUACGUUUGGAACGAUUACCGAUACGCUCGGGGUUAAUAAGAGCGCGUAUACACGGUGCAUUGGCUGCCACUGGUGAUGUGUUGACUUUUCUCGACUCUCAUUGUGAAACUACGGAUGGAUGGCUAGAACCUCUUCUAGCUGUAAUCGCUAAAGACAGGAGAAACGUUGUGACCCCUACAAUAGAUGUUAUAAACGACAGGGACUUUGCAUUUCAAGGACAUGACGAUCUUCCUUAUGUGGGCAGUUUCGAUUGGUCGAUGUAUUUCCGAUGGACUCCGAUACAAAGAAUGGAUUUAGAACAAGCCAAGCAAGACCCAACCUUGCCCAUCAGAACGCCGACAAUGGCGGGGGGACUGUUUUCGAUUGAUAAGGGAUACUUCAUGGAUAUAGGCAUGUAUGAUCCGGGACUGCAGACAUGGGGCGCCGAGAACUUGGAACUUUCUUUCAAGACGUGGAUGUGCGGUGGGUCGUUAUACACCAUGUCCUGUUCACACGUGGGUCAUAUCUUCCGGAAGUUCGCCCCCUACACCCACGCCUCGGGUCAUUUAAAUCGCAACACCAAGCGCAUCGUGGAAGUCUGGCUAGACGGAGCAAGGCCCCUUUUUUACAAGCUGAAUCCAGGCGUUGCGAGCGUGGACGCUGGGGACAUUCGGGAGCAGAUCGGUCUCCGCAAGAAAUUGGAAUGCAAAUCGUUUCAAUGGUACCUGGACAAUGUCUUCCCCGAGUCACCGUGGCCGAGAGAGGGCAGUAUAUUUGGUUUUAUUCGGAAUCCUGACCAUAAAGUUUGUCUUAAAAGCCAACAGGAUAAGAAAGUCGUAGGAAAACCAUGUGGACAAAUUAAUCAAAUGCGACUAUGGGAGUACACAAAGCUGAAUGAGAUAAGACAAGAUGUACAGUGCCUCGACUUUACGGGACAGGGUGAAUUAGCUUUAUAUGGAUGUCAUAGAGGGCAGGGUAAUCAAUUAUGGAACUGGAACAAUUCGACGAAACAAAUAUCCCACGGUCUUCAUGGAAAAUGUCUUAGUAUAGCUUCAACCGAUAAUAAGGGUACCACGAGUCUGGAGAUGGCUCCUUGCUUAGAUUCAAAUCCCAACCAGCGUUGGGAAAUGCCUCCACCAUACAACCCAAAAUUAUGGGGUUAACAGCUAAAAAAAAAUAAUAAA